UCCAUGCAGAUUGGGAACCCCCCAUGCGCGUGGCAACCGUCGGGAAGAAAAUGGGAAAGGAAAUCCUCGUUUGCAUGAUCGCAACGAUCGAAAAAUUCUGACGGAUAUAGCCAACUAGCCAUUUUGACCUUUUCGUAGUCUGCGCCUACAAUAAUUUCCGAGCAGCUAAACAAAUUCCAAUGACGCACGCUCUCCGUCGUUUCGAGGAGAUCGAGAAUUGUCCAUUUUUAUUAUUGGACUGACCGAUCCGCGUGAGAAGCUAUAAAAAGCCGCCGUAUACUAACCACUCUCACCGCCGGAGUAUGUCGCCGCCGGUAGAGGAGGGCAGGAGGCAGGGGAGCGUCAAGACGGAGCCGGAGGACGAUCCCUUGAUCACGCUCAAGGUGCUUGACCAGGAAGGUCGCAGGGCCUUCCACACCAUGAGGAUGAGCGACAAAGUGCAGGGCGUCAUGGAUGCCUACUACAAGAAGGCGGCCGGCGAGGUGACCUACGGCUCCGGGACCUUCAUGUUCGAUGGCUCCGUCCGGCUGCGGGGCUGCAACACGCCGGCGGAGCUCGAUCUCAAUGAUGGUGAUGAGAUCGAGUUCUUCCCGGUCAUGAUUGGCGGCGGAUGGGUCGCGAUCGGUGCGUGAUAGACUGAUGGGCCGGGGGUUUAAUUUGCGUAUGUACCGUCAGGACUCGCUAUAGUCAUGCCGUAUCAUCUUGACAUCUUCGUGUCUUAUAUGCAUCUGUCGAACUUUUUUCAAAAUCGAAUUAAUUAAGCAGGAAUGCAGUAGUAGUAUACUCCCUCCAUACUCGAAAUUGUUGUCGUUUUAGGAGUCUCGAACGUUUUCGUAAAUGUUGAC